AUGAACCUUCUAUUCUCUAUUUUAUUUUUCAUUGAAAUUUCUACAGUAUUCGCAUUUGAUUGUAGUUUGCCUAAAGAUAUCGGACAAUCUUGCGCAGAAAAUCAAGCUUCUCGAAAAUUCUACUACGAUUCUAGAACAAGUGAGUGAUUUUUAGAGGUUGAUUGGAUCUGGCAUAAUUCCUGGGGAACGACUCAUAAAAUCUCGAAUCUUCCGUAUAUUUUUUCCAGAAGUGUGCCAGCCAUUACAGUAUGCUGGGUGUGGAGGAAACGAGAAUCGCUUCGAUUCCUCUAAAGAAUGUCGAGAUUCUUGUCAAAAUCCAACCAAAAAAGUUAGCGACUCGACAGCUAAUGUCGAAACCACCAAUCCAAAUAAUCCACCAUUUGUUCCAGUCGGACAAUCACACGAUCAAUGGAGAAAAGGUUAGACUUUCCUUUUUAUUUAAAAAAAACGGAAAAUCAAAGAUUUCUGAUCAUCGAGACAUCUCAUCAAUCAAAUUUAUCAAUUUCCUGUUUCAGCUGAAAUCUGCGGUUCAAAUUAUCUUAUUCCAAAUGGCGAAUAUGAACUUUGUUCCACAACUCAAAAAUGUCCGAAAUAUCAUUCCUGUGUAAAUGGAGCAUGUUGUCCAUCGAAAGAUUAUGUGUGCUCACUUCGAGAUGAUACUGGAAAUUUCAAAGGAUGGUGUUGAGGAUAAACCAAGGUAUCCUAAUAUAAAAACUCAAGAAUUUUAAUGAUUUUUUUUUGAAUUUUAGAUUCGCUUGGAAUCACGAUGUUCAUAGUUGUGUUCGUUACAGUUAUUACGGUAUGAAUGGAAACUAUAACAAUUUCCCAAAUUUCCAGUCAUGUAUCAAAUAUUGUAAGGAUUCGAAAAAACUAGAUCUGUAA